CGGCGGCUGCCGGCCUGGCCUCGGCGCAGCCCACCGAACUGGGCGCCCACAAGCGGCCGGCGUCCGUGUCCAGCAGCGCGGUGGUGGAGCACGAGCAGCGCGAAGCGGCGGCCAAGGAGAAGCAGCCGCCGCCUCCUUCGCACCGCGGCCCAGCUGACAGCCUCUCCACCGCGCCGGGCGCUACCGAACUGGGCGCCGAGGGUGCAAGCAAAGGCCGCGGGCCCGGAGAGCAGGACUGGGUCAACAGGCCCAAGACCGUUCGAGACACGCUGCUGGCACUGCACCAGCAUGGCCACUCGGGACCCUACGAGAGCAAGUUUAAGAAGGAACCGGCCUUGACUGCAGGCAGGUUGUUGGGUUUCGAGGCCAACGGGGCCAACGGGUCAAAAGCAGCAAGAACAGCAAGGAAAAGAAAACCUUCUCCAGAACCAGAAGGUGAAGUUGGCCCCCCUAAGAUCAAUGGAGAGGCUCAGCCUUGGCUGUCCACAUCCACAGAAGGGCUCAAGAUCCCUAUUACUCCUACAUCUUCUUUUGUGUCUCCACCACCACCCACUGCCUCUCCUCAUUCCAACCGGACCACACCGCCUGAAGCUGCCCAGAAUGGCCAGUCCCCCAUGGCAGCCCUGAUCUUAGUAGCAGACAAUGCAGGGGGCAGUCAUGCUUCGAAAGAUGCCAACCAGGUUCACUCCACUACCAGGAGGAAUAGUAGCAGCCCACCCUCUCCGUCCUCUAUGAACCAAAGAAGGCUAGGCCCCAGAGAGGUGGGGGGCCAGGGGGCUGGCAGCACAGGAGGACUGGAGCCAGUGCACCCUGCCAGCCUCCCGGACUCCUCUCUGGCAGCCAGUGCCCCCCUGUGCUGCACCCUCUGCCAUGAGCGGCUGGAGGACACCCACUUUGUGCAGUGCCCGUCUGUCCCUUCACACAAGUUCUGCUUCCCUUGCUCCAGACAAAGCAUCAAACAGCAGGGAGCAAGUGGAGAGGUCUAUUGUCCCAGUGGGGAAAAAUGCCCUCUUGUGGGCUCCAAUGUCCCCUGGGCCUUUAUGCAAGGGGAAAUUGCAACCAUCCUUGCUGGAGAUGUGAAAGUGAAAAAAGAGAGAGACUCGUGACUUUCCGGUUUCAGAAAAACCCAAUGAUUACCUUUAACUAAAACUGCUUGAAUUGUAUAUAUCUCUCCAUAUAUAUAUAUAAAUAUAUAUAUAUAUCCAAGACAAGAGAAAUGUAGACUUCAUAAACAUGGCUGUAUAAUUUUGAUUUUUUUUGAAUACAUUGUGUUUCUAUUUUUUUUUUGACAACAAAAGGUAUGUACUUAUAAAGGUAUUUUCUUCUUUUGUUAAUGUUAUUAGCAUAUCUCUGUGCUUUAUUAUCUUGGUGACAGUUACUGUUCUAUGUAGGCUGUGACUUGCGCUGCUUUUUUAGAGCACUUGGCAAAACAAAUGCUUCUAGCUGUAUUUGUAUGCACUUAUUUUAAAAAGAAAAAAAAAAACCAAAUACAUUUUCUGACAUAGUAAGAUUGCCUUACUGUCUGUUAUUCCUCAUUGCUAGCCCCUUUCUCAGGCUGGAGGCCCAUUGGUGGAGAAGGAAAGGAAAUGAGUGAAAGGGGCACUGUUGUGAAGUGGGCAUGCCUCUAGGAAAUACCAUCCAUGUUUACCCCAGUCAUUGUCCUUUUAGAGAAAUAGGAAAGUAGAUUUUGAGUAUUUACCUAUUUCAUUCUUUAAAGUUCAGUUGUUGGAAUUUUUGGCUGCCAGAGAGUUGCUGCCAAGAGGUUUUGUGAUUUUGGGGGAAGAGGCAUUUAAGGUAAAGUUGACCACUGUUCACUUGCCCACGUGUUCAGUUGUAAGAUUACAAUGCUGCGUCCUCUUUGGUUACAUAAUACACAAUUCAGUAACAGAAGGCAGUGACAAUGGAUGGUGGUGUGUACAAGAUGGCACUGCCAUCUUUGAACAGAGCCUGACUGCAGUGCCACUUCACCUUUUGAAACACCCUGGUGCUCUGUUUGUUGUUGCUGUUAUCCUUUCCUUUGAAGAGUCAAGAGAAGUUAGGUCCCGGUGAAUUUGGAGAUUGUGGGAUUGGUUUCGUUUGUGUUUUAUCAUUUACCUGUAGUGCUAUUGCUGUUGAUACUAUCACCUACACUAUUUCUGGUGAGUGCUAAAUACAGUAUGGUACAAUGACAGUAACAACACAUGGUGCUGCCAGGACUGCCCGUGGGCAUAUCAGUGACAGCCCAAGUGGGGGUGGAGGAAACCUGUAAUUUCCUUCUUACAUGUGUUUGAAAUACCAAGUGAAUAAUACUGUUCUUCUGGAAAGAAAAAUGAUGAAACGGUGAAAAUAAAGAAAGGGUUUUACAUAAUAGACAGGCCCCACCUCUCAAACUAUUUUUAGACGCCUUUUGUAAACUAAUUUCUUUUGAUCACAUUUUGCAUCAGUAAAAUGAUUUUUUUAAACCAAUAAAUCAUCAAUUAUUAGAAAUAGUUGUCUCACAAUAAUAUUGGGUUUUUCUUUUGUGCUGUUAUGAUUUAACAUCAACAGGAACACUAUUUUAAAUCCUUUUAUGUUCAGGUGUUUGUAACUUGGCCCUGUAAUUAGACUGAAUCAUGACUUAAAAGGUCUACUACAACUUAAUGUGUAUUGUUCACAAUCUAGAUUAUAUUUUAAAUUAAAAUAUAGAUUGUUACCCACUUUGAAUUCUUUUUUCAGUUAUGUUUUUUGUCUUUUUUAAACUGCUCAUAUUUUUUUAAUGGUCGAGUUAUUAACACUUGAAAAUCAGAUACUGCACCAAAUACAGUAUUUUUCGUAGUGUUUUUAAUGAGUGCACCUAUUAUUAAUGCCGUGCAAAUUUAUGUUACCAGUCAUGUUAAUAUUACAAACAGACUUGCAUGAUUAACCAGUUUGUUGUUACACUUUUUUUUUUAAUUGGGAGUAUCUAUGACUCAGAUCAGACUGGUUUCUCUUAUGUAAAUGCACACAUGCAGAAACACAGUGUCAAUUUUACAUACCCAUAAAGAUAUUUGUAAAGAAUUUGACUCUUGUGGUCUGUUGUAUAAAUGUGUAUCUAGGCACUUUAUUAUAAACUGGAAUUUGACCUCAUAGAUGUUAACGAGUUGAUCAGUCAUUUGACCUAAUUGUGGUAGCUAUCUGUAUGUUUUGCAAUCUUAAUACAGAUAAGCUUUCUAAACAGAUUAAUAAAGCACCAUCCUGCUAUUCUGAUUUAAGUCUAUCCAGCUCUGGAAAAGAAGAUCUUUGGUUUCUCUGUGCUGGUGUUUAGGGGGAGUGUAUGAAGUUUUAAAGGACUCUUACUGAGAAGUAAAUCUUACAAAAUAAGAUCUGCAUGACUGGCCCUUGGGUGGCCUUUGUGGAAACUUGCAGCUGGAAAGUGUUGAUCUGGUUUAUUUUUCUGGCAUUCUCUUAAGUUUAAAAGUUAACAUUGGGACAUGGAUUUAAUCUUUUGUUGUACCUGAUGACAGUGUAGAGAUUCUCCACAGCUGGAUAAAAAUAUCAGAAAGCUACUUACUGUACAUGGGCAGUAUCAGAUUUCAAAUCCCAAUGUUUCAGCUGUGCUUUUAAUACUCAGAAUAUUAGGGGAUGGGGUGUUGAAGCUUUCCCUUUUUCGUUUUAACAAUUUAUAGAAUUUAACAGAUGUACUGUCUUUCAUGUGGCCUCACAUUGAGUUAUGAGAACAUACACAUGGUUUACAACUUUUACUAUAUACCUUUCCUUGGCCACCAAGUAUUUUAAAAGUGUGCCACCUUUUAACCUUUACUUUUUUUUAAGUUGAAGGUGAUAUUUUUUCUAUAUAUGAUGAAACUCAUGUCAACUGAAGUGAGUGUAAUCUCAGAUAUCGGCAUUAUAUUUUAAAGUCACGCUAUGAAACUAUCACCUGCAUUCUGUCAUUUGUCAGAUUUACAAUACCUUAUUUUUAACUUUUAGCAUUAAAUAAAAAUAAAAUUGGGAGCACUGAA